ACAUCCAAUUCGAACAAGGAAGCCGAACUAGGUCGGUGCGUUCGGAGACUCGAACAAGUUUACGUUUGGUCGCCGACAUUACUGUCGAUAUAAAUACUAGUUCCACGAAAACAGGAAAACCCAAGACCUAAAUUUACAUAAAGUUCAAAAGAACCGAGAGCUUGCAGAAGAAGGCGGCAAGCGGCGAUGUCAACAGCGGAUGGCCAUGUCUCAGAAAGCCUCUCUGAUAUCGACGACUCCGAGGUUGCUGGGUAUCUUAACAGCAAGGAGGCGGCGCGGUUUAAAAGAAUCAUUUGGGAAGUACUCAACAAGGACUACGAUCAGGGAAAGAGUAGAAAACGAGCCAGAAAAGCCAAGAAAGCUGCACCUCAAGAAAAAGCCGCCAAAGUUUCUACUGGGAUGAAUAAAGAGAGGCUGAGUUCAAAAAUCGACUUCGAUGCUUUGAAGAAAUUAAAUGAAGACCUUGGACCUGGAUUUGAAGGAGGCACGGAGUCUAAUUGUGGCAGUCGUGGUGAUGAGCAGCUGUCGAAUCAGAGGAGGAAUAGUUUUGAAGGCAGUCGUGAUGAGGAGCUCGAACGUGAAAAUACAUACAGUAAAGAGGUUGAAGCCGGAAAAGGCUAUGAAGAUGAUACAUAUGUUGCAAGCGACGAAUAUAGCAGGUACAAUUAUGAUGAAGAAUGCAAUUACGAGGAGGGAUACAAUAACGAUGAUGGAUACGAUUUUGACGAACUAUGACUCAAUUAGUAAAAGCUGUUUUCUUGAAUUUGGUUAACAUAUUCGUGAUUUUGUUUUAUCGUGUUAUGAUCGAAAGGUUAACCGAUAAUCUGUUCUGUUUUUGAGAAUCUUUUGAGAAGCAUCGACUGGUUUUUAACGAUUGUAUCAGUCUGAGGAACACAAUUUGAAGAUUGGAUCUUUUUCCGAUCUAAAAAAUUAUUCUUAACCAUUUGUAUCAAUCUGAGAGAGAUUCAAUUGAUCA